AUUCAGACCAGCUAACGUCCGCAUCCAGUAUUCAGAGGCAGUUCUCAUAGCCCCAUCACACUGUUUGUGUCUAAUACAUGCAUCGCUUGGUGGCAGCAAGAAAUUUCAAACUGGUCUAAGAAGAAUUCACAACAAAGAGGAGUUUUGGCCAUUGUUGAUAGCCAAGAUUUAUAUUUACACUGUGUUGGUGCAGUAAUUACAUCUGGAAUCAUGGAUAUGUCGUCAUGGUAAAGAAGUGAUUAAAGAGGAAGGCUAUGCUGGUGUUCAUUAUGCUUGAAGAGGGCAUUAUGAACUGUACUAUUAGCCAUGAAAUCCACCAGUACCUCUUUUGCUUUGUGUACAUCUUUGUACUAUUGGUGGGUGUUCCUUCCAACCUGUACUCUCUGUACCAUGCAGCGCUGCAGCUGAAGCAAAAGAAUGAGCUUGGGGUUUAUUUGAUAAACCUCACUCUAUCUGAUCUACUAUACCUGGCAUCAUUACCACUCUGGCUCCAGUAUUUUUUUCAGGACGACGAUUGGCGUCACAGGGAAUGGUUGUGUCAGUUGUGUGGCUUUCUCCUCUAUGAGAACAUCUACAUCAGCAUUGGCUUCCUGUGCUGUAUAAGUCUGGAUCGCUACCUAGCUGUUGUUCACCCUCUGAGGUUCACCUUUCUACGUUCUAUGAGAGCAGCUUUUCUUUUUAGUGUCAUCAUCUGGUUUAAAGAAAUCUCAGUCGGUGUGGUUUUCUUCCUUCAUAAAGAGCUGAGCAAAAAUCCCAACAACCAAUCUGUGUGCUUUGAGCACUACCCAAUGCAACCUUGGGAGUAUUCAAUCAACUAUUACCGCUUCACUGUUGGUUUCUUGUUCCCGCUGGUCAUCCUGCUGAUCAGCUACCUGUGCGUGCUUCGUGCUGUUGGCCAGAGUGCAGGCACGCAGCCAGAUCAGAAGACCAGAAUCCGACAGUUAGUAAGCAGUACCAUCCUCAUCUUCCUCAUAUGCUUCUCCCCUUACCAUGUCUUUCUGUUAGUACGCACCUUGCUGGAGAGAGACUGCAACUUUAUUACAGGAAUUUUCAACUAUUACCACCUGGCGCUGUUGUUGACCUCCCUGAACUGCGUCGCGGAUCCCGCUCUCUACUGUUUUGUUAGCGAAAGUGCCCGCCGAGGCCUUUCCAGGGCUAUUUUUCGACCCGUAACAAGAGUUCUCUGUUGCUGCCUUGGCAGCACCAACUUCACCACAGAUUCCCAUGAUGUUCCCACUGAUGAGAACAACACCCACAGACCUGUGAUGACGAUUAAUCACAUUGGUAAUUGUGGAAAUACAAUUAUAAUCACGUUGGAUGAUGAGAAAAAAAUCAUACCAUUAACUUUACAAAAUCCUGGAAAGACCUGUGUGGAGGAGGACCAGAGGAUAGAAUGGAUGUAGGAUCCUGUGAUGUGAAGAAGGGCGUCAUACCUCUGCAGCAUGGGAGAAUCCACAGCUAAUUGCUGUUGUGCUUCAGUCUCCGAAUUUUUACCCUGAACUGAAUAAGCAGAGCUACAGAUCUUUACAAUGUUAUGUAGGGGUGGAACAUCUGGGUAACUCCCGAUACAAAUUUCAACUCAUGGCUCAGAAUAUGGUGAUACAACAGUUAUCAAGACAUGGGUCAGGAAAUCAAUCUAUGAUAUUCUAUCAUACAGCUAUUAAAGAGAAACCAAGCAAAAUUGUUUAUUUUUUGCACUGUUGCGGACAAUCUGUCCAAUUUGUCUUCCUCACAGACUAUGAGAAUAUUUCAGUGCAACAUUUCUGUAAAUAAAUACUAUAUAAUAAAUAUAGUAUAUAUAUUUACAUAUAUCUAUACUUAUAAAUGAAACU